AUGCCCGCACCACCCAAACAACGCAAGAUUGCCAUUGUAGGCAGUCGAUCUGUUGGAAAAUCUUCACUUACUGUACAAUUCGUCGACGGCCACUUCGUCGAAAGUUAUUAUCCUACUAUUGAGAAUACUUUCAGCAAGGUCAUCAAGUACAAAGGGCAAGAAUUCGCCACUGAAAUCGUUGAUACAGCUGGCCAGGAUGAAUACAGUAUCUUAAAUUCAAAGCAUUUCAUUGGUAUUCAUGGCUAUGUGCUUGUCUAUUCCGUUGCUUCAAUGCAAUCCUUUGAAAUGGUGGAGGUUAUCAAGGAUAAGAUCUUGAAUCACUUGGGCACUGAAUGGGUCCCAAUCACAAUUGUUGGUAACAAGAGUGAUCUUCGACCAGAGCAGCGUCAAGUCACUGCUGAGCAAGGCAAGGCAUUGGCUGAGAAGAUCAAAUGUGCUUUCACAGAAGCAAGUGCACGGUACAACGAGAAUGUUACCAAAGGAUUUGAGCUUAUGAUUGAGCAAAUCGAGAAGGGGGAAAACCCCAAUGAGCCUUCGGGAGAUUCCAAAUGCAUUGUUAUGGGCGGUAACCCACAAAAGAUCAAGGAUUCUCAGCGCCGCAGAUAUGCUCCUGAAGAGGCUGUUGACGAAGUGAUUGCUAUGUACGAGGAUCACCGCAAAACCCAGUAUGCAGCUACACAAGUCAAUAGCAAGAUCAACGAAACUCAAAAAGCCAUCGGCGCAAAGAAGAAGGCCAAGGAGGAUGCUAGCGAAUUAUUACAGCAAAAAGCCGAUUUGGAGAAGGAAAAGAAGACUUGGCUUGAUGCGGCAGCAGAGAAAGAACUGGUUCUCAAGAAAAAGGUUGGCACGAUCGGCAACUUUGUUCACGAAUCUGUGCAUGUGGACAACGAUGAGGAUCACAACGAGUUAUUACGUACCUGGGCUCCCGAAGGCGUUGCUGUAGAAAAGAGGGACGUUCUUUCACAUCAUGAAGUUCUGACGAGAUUGGAUGGUUACGACCCAGAGCGUGGAGUAAAGGUUGUUGGACACAGAGGUUAUUUCUUGAAGAAGUGGGGUGUCUUCUUGAACCAGGCUUUGAUCAAUUAUGGCUUAGAGUUCUUGGAUAGCAAGGGCUAUACACCAUUACAAACCCCACAAUUCAUGCUGAAGGAAUACAUGGCGAAGACGGCACAGUUGGAGCAAUUUGAUGAGGAACUUUACAAGGUUGUUGACGGAGAUUCUCAAAACGAUAAAUAUCUUAUUGCUACUUCCGAACAGCCAAUUUCAGCUUUCCAUGCUGAUGAGUGGUUAACAGCUAAGGAAGUACCUAUUAGAUAUGCUGGUUUCUCUUCGUGUUAUAGACGAGAAGCUGGUUCUCACGGUAGAGAUGCAUGGGGAAUCUUUCGAGUUCAUCAAUUCGAAAAGAUUGAGCAAUUUGUCCUCACCGACCCAGAAAAGUCAUGGGAGGAAUUCGACCGUAUGAUCGGCUUUUCCGAGGAAUUCUACCAAUCUUUGGGUGUCCCCUACAGAGUCGUCGCAAUCGUCUCAGGUGCCCUUAACAACGCGGCUGCCAAGAAGUAUGAUCUUGAGGCUUGGUUCCCCUUCCAAGGAGAAUACAAGGAGCUUGUCUCCUGCUCAAAUUGCACAGACUAUCAAUCCAGAGCUCUUGAGAUCAGAUAUGGUACCAAGUUGCAAACUGAGAUCCGUAAGAAAUAUGUCCACGCACUCAACUCCACUUUAUGUGCAACUGAACGUGCGUUGUGCUGUCUGUUGGAGAACUUCCAAACCGAAGAGGGUUUCAACGUCCCAGCACCUCUCCGCAAAUACCUUCCCGGCGCCCCUGAAUUCAUUGCUUUCACCAAAGAACUACCCAAAGACACCACUUCUCAAAAGGCAAAGGGCAAAGUUGACAAAGCACCAAAACCAAAGGUCGCGCCCGUUGGUGCCACACCUACUGAGGCGGCGGAUAAGUUGAAGGAUAUGAAGGUUUAA